AUGGAAUACAAAGUGACUGUGGCUACAGGAACCUUAGAGUACUCGGGUACUAAUAACUAUGUCUACAUAACCCUGGUGGGGGAGAAUGGAGAGAGUGAGAAGACGAUGUUGGACAACCCAGGCUUGGAUCUGUGUAGAGGCACAGGUGAUGAAUACAUUGUCCAGAGCUCAGGUCCUCUAGGUCGUGUGCUCCUGGUACGCUUGGAGAAACAGAAGUACUUUGUGGAAGAUAACUGGUAUUGCAAUUAUGUGAAAGUCACACCACCAGGAGGGAAAAACACACAAACCUUCCCCUGCUACUGUUGGUUAGUGGGGGAUAGUAAAGUAGAAGUCCGUGAUGGCACAGCGAAAAAGCUGUGUGAUGAGAUCCUGCCUCAGGAGCUGACUCAUAGAAAGGCACAGCUGCAGGAGAGACAGAAAACUUUCCGAUGGAAAACCUGGGAUUCAGGAAUUCCCAAAUGCAUAGAUGCCAACUCAGUGGCAGACCUACCCCAGGAUGUUUGCUUUGCCAAUGAGAAGCGCUGUGACUUUGAAGGAUCACUUCAAUAUGCGAUUUUGGAGCUGUCUCUGAAGAAGAUGGUUUUCUGGAUUGGGAAGUCAUGGAAAGAUCUGGAUGAUUUUAAACAAAUAUUUUGGACAUUACGGAGUCCCAUUACCGAAUAUGUUAUGGAACACUGGAAGGAGGACUGGUUUUUUGGCCAUCAGUUCCUGAAUGGGGCAAAUCCACGGAUGAUCCAGAGGUGCGAGAAACUACCCUCCAACUUUCCUGUCUCUGGACACAUGGUGCAGGCCUUCUUAAGCCCCAACACCACCCUGGACAAAGAGCUCAAGGCUGGGAAUGUAUACCUUGUUGACUAUGCUAUACUGGAUGGUGUCCCUGAGAAUGUGAUUGAAGGAAAUAAGCAGCAUAUAGCAGCUCCUUUGUGUUUACUAUAUGAGCAUCCAGACAACGGACUCAUUCCUAUCGCUAUACAGCUUGAACAGAACGCUAGCAAGGACACACCCAUCUUCCUCCCUAAUGAUUCACCUCUGGCUUGGUUAUUGGCUAAAAUGUGGGUCCGUCAUGCUGAAUUUCAGGUCUUCCAGGUGCUAUCGCACCUGCUGCGAACUCACCUCAUAGCGGAGGUGUUCUGUGUGGCCACACUGCGUCACCUCCCUGAAGUCCACCCUAUAAAGAAGCUGCUCAAUCCUCAUCUGAAGUACACUCUGGAGAUAAACUGCCGAGCACGCUCACAGCUCAUCUCUCCUGAUGGCAUCUUCAAAAGGGUGGUGUCCACAGGUGGUGAUGGGCUGCUGGUGCUGUCUCAAAAGGAGUUCCAGGUCCUGACCUACCACUCUCUCCAACCCCGUUGGGAUUUCAUCGACCGUGGUGUUACCAAACUCAAAAAAUACUUCUACAGAGACCACGGUCUGAUGCUCUGGGAUGCCACUGAAAAGUUUGUCUCCAGCAUAGUGUCUCUGUAUUAUGGAAGUGACAGUGACGUAGUUCAGGAUUCAGAACUUCAGGCAUGGAUUAAGGAUGUGGUUGAGGAAGGCUUUUUAAAUGUCCCUCACUUUGGGCUACUUAAUGAACUAAAGAAUAAACAAGAGCUGAUCACACUUUUGAGUGUGAUCAUCUUCAUCAGCACUGCACAACAUGCAGCAGUCAACAAUGGACAGUUUGACUUUUGUUCAUGGGUGCCCAACAUGCCUUGCACCAUGCGCCAGCCUCCACCCACAGACAAGGACAGUGUCACAAUGGAGAUGAUCAUGACCACACUCCCAGAUGUCAGCCAGUCAUGUGUGGAGAUGGCAAUCACAUGGCUUUUAGGAAGAAGUCAGCCAGAUGCAGUACCUCUGGGACAGUACAAAGAACAGUACUUCACUGAGCCGGCAGCCCAAAAGAUGAUUGACAACUUUAGGCAGGAUCUGAACAACAUUGAGGAGGAAAUUCAGAAACAGAAUAAGGGUCUUGAACCAACGUAUUUCUAUCUGUGCCCAAGCAAAAUAGAGAACAGCAUUACCAUAUAGACAGACUUGAGAAACAUUCUGCAAUUUUUAAUGUACUUACUAAGGCACAUAUAGAAAGCUGUCUU